AUUGCAAUCUCUCCCAGUUCACAGUAGCAAUCCAUCCGCAACUAUGCCAUUAGGAAUGAACUCCAUGACACUUAGAAUUGAUUACGAUAUGUUACUGAUGUUGUUUGGACUACUUACUCUUCCAAUUUCGAAUAUAUACAAACAAUUAACUAUAACCAGAUUAAUACCGAUCAUCUUCUUUAAGGAGACCACUUGGGAUUCCCCAAUACGACAAAUGUGGGAUCGAGUUAGAAAAUAUAACCUGACAGAACUGCUAACUAACAUGAUUGUUAAUGGCAUCUACUUAACUAAAGGAUCAUGGAAAAGAUUCAUUAAACUUGAAGUAAAUGAUAAACAAAGAGCCAUAUACAGGACUACAUGUAACACGUAUAGGCGCCAUGACGUCUGCCUUAACAUAUGUGACGUAAAGGAUGGGGCAACAGGGCCCUUGAGACCGUGUGUCUGGUGGACGUUGGCGAAGAUGAAGCCAGAAUUACUUACACAAUGCAAAACCAUGAUGCGCCUAGCGACGGACAGUCACGAUUUUAGAGUAAAAAAUGAUGGUAUUAAUAGCACCUGCUUCCUUUGUGACAUGUUUGAGAUUGAAACUCUUGAUCAUUUUUUAUUUUCGUGUACGAAUUUUUCUGAUGAACGCAUCAAAUUAGCGAAAAUAUUGGACAAGUACAGUAGCAAUGGCUUGACGGACAAUAAGAAUAUCAUAUUUAAUUUUAAUGGCAACGUCACUUAUUCAGACAUGGCUGGUAUUUCGAACAUCAUCCAUGUAAUGUAUAUCAAAAGAGCAAAGCUCAUCAGCCAAUAUGCUGGCAAUUAACAUACUAGUGAAACACACUAUAGAUGCAUCUGAUCUCUUGUAAUUAACAAGGUGUCACUAAACUGUAAAAAUGUUUCGAUCCACCAUAACUGUAUAUUAUAUGUUUUGUACUACUCUGUUUAAAUACAGGUUAAU